AGAAAAGAGAGACGAGUUGGCACGAGAUUCAAAAUUAAAGGAUACAUCAGCAGAACUUUGUUGUCCAGGAUGGACAAAGUGGAGAGAGUAAUGAAGAUGGUGAAGAGGAUGUCACCGAGGAAGAAGAGGAGCGAGAGGGGACCAGGAGAUCUGGAGAGCCCGGACACCCUGUGUGAUGAACUGUGUCGUUUCAGCCUCUGCAUCACCGCUGACGGGCCCAAAGGGCCGCAGAAAGACCUGGGUGGUCCAGAACGAACAACCAGAACAAGAAAACACAGUCUCCCUGAAGCUCUGCGGGGCUUGACCAUGGUGGAACUGGUCAAGAAAGAAGGCAGCACACUUGGACUGACCAUCUCAGGAGGAACGGACAAGGAUGGGAAACCACGGGUAUCAAACCUACGGCCCGGAGGACUCGCAGCCAGGAGUGACCAACUUAAUGUCGGGGACUACAUCAAGUCUGUGAACGGCAUCAAUCUGACCAAACUGCGGCACGAAGAGAUCAUUAGUUUACUGAAGAACGUGGGAGAGAGGGUUCUGCUGGAGGUGGAGUAUGAACUGCCCCCCACAGCACCAGACAGCACCUCAGGGGUUAUAUCAAAGACAAUCGACAUCUGUUUACACAAAGAGGGGAGCAGCUUUGGUUUCGUCAUGAGAGGUGGUACCCAUGAAGACUGGCACAAGUCCCGCCCCUUAGUCGUCACUUACGUCAGGCCAGGAGGCCCCGCAGACAGAGAAGGCACGCUGAGUCCAGGUGACCGCCUGCUAAGUGUGGACGGCGUGCCGCUGCACAACGCCAGCCACAGUGACGCCCUCAGUGUGUUGGCUCAGUGCGGCCAGGAGGCCCUGUUCCAGAUCGAGUACGACGUCACCAUCAUGGACACAGUGACGAACGCCUCUGGUCCAUUGUUGGUGGAGAUUGCCAAACCACCAGGAGCGACACUGGGCAUCACGCUGACGUCUGCAAAUCACAGGAACAAACAAGUCAUAGUGAUCGACAGGGUCAAACCUGCCAGUGUAGUGGACAGGUGUGGCCUGCUGCAGGUUGGAGACCGCCUCCUGUCAAUCAAUGGGAUCCCCACAGAAGAUGGAACACUUGAAGAAGCCAACCAGCUUCUCCGAGAUGCAGCGCUCACUAAUAAGGUCACUCUGGAGAUUGAAUUUGAUGUAGCAGAGUCGGUGGUGCCCAGCAGCGGCACGUUUCACGUCAAGCUGCCAAAGAAGAGAGGGGUGGAGCUGGGGCUCACCAUCAGUGCCAGUAAGAAACCAGGAGAGUCCCUGAUCAUCUCUGACAUCAAGAAGGGCAGCAUGGCUCACAGAACAGGAACUUUGGAGCCCGGAGACAAACUGCUGGCGAUCGACAACGUAAGACUGGAGAACUGUUCCAAAGAAGAUGCAGAACAUAUUCUCCAGCAGUGUGAAGAACUGGUCAAAUUAAAGAUACGCAAAGAUGAAGACAACUCGGUAUUUGUGGGAAUUUUCACACGUCCAUGUGUGUCCAGGACAGGAGCCAUUCAUGUAGGGGAUCGGAUCCUGGCCAUCAACAGCGCCAGUUUGAAAGGCAAGCCGCUGAGCGAAGCCAUCCACCUGCUUCAGAUGGCCGGGGAGACGGUGACCCUGAAGAUCAAAAAGCAAAUCGACAAUUUAGAAGAAGGGAAGACUGUGGAGGUCGAGGACACAACCGAGAAUGAGAUCAGUGACCCUGAAGAGGACUAUUUGACGGACAGCCAACAGACCAAUAAACUGUCAGAGCUUUACUCUACAACUAUACCCAGUGUGGACUCUGCCAUGGAGUCAUGGGACGGUUCUGGACUGGAUGCAGGCUAUGGCAGCCAGGGUACUUACAACCAUCAAGGAACUGGGGUUGCACUCCACCCUCACGAGUGGCGCAGUGCCAAGCAGCGCAGCGCCACCCCCCCAGUUGGACAGAGGAAGAACUACCCGUUCAGUGACGGAGGCUUCAGCGAGGAUGACUGGGACAAACCGCCUGGAUUUAUUGGUCAACAACCAGAUGGAAUCCUGGUGGAUCCAGACGACAGUUUUUGGUGUCAGGCUCUGGAGGACCUGGAGACCUGUGGCCAGUCAGAACUGCUCAGAGAGAUCGAGGCAUCUAUCAUGACGGGUACAGCCAUCAGUCUGGGUGUAGAAGGUGUCAGCAAACUUCCAGUGGAGCCAGUACUGAGCCGAAUGAGCCCAUUGCAGAGAAAUUCUCUUCUUCACCAAGGAAACCUGCUCCACCAGAAUACACACCUCCAUCAUGGCAUCCAUCUGCACGAGGAAGCCCACCUGCAUGAAGAGGCCCACCUUCACCAAGAGCCACACCUGCUUGAUGACGUCCCAUUCAACCAGGAAGCACACAUACAUCUCGGGGCCCACAUCCAUCAAGACAACCAGUCCCCUCUUCUGCACCAUGAGCAGAAGCCAAAGGCUUCAUUAAGAGCAUCAGAGAAAACGUGGGAGUCUCGUCGGAUCAAGGAGGAGAUGCAGGGAAUUCUAUCCCCAACUCCUCUGGAAUUACACAAAGUAACAGUGAUAAAGGACCCAGAGAGUGAUGACUUUGGCUUCAGCGUGUCGGAUGGCUUCUUGGAGAAGGGAGUUUAUGUGAACAUGAUUCGUCCUGACGGUCCAGCUGACAGGGCUGGGCUGAAACCCUUCGACAGGAUCCUGCAGGUAAACCACGUACGGACGAGAGACUUCGACUGCUGCCUGGCGGUGCCUCUCAUCACGGAGGCUGGAGACCGACUGGAGCUGGUCAUCAGCCGAAAUCCAAUGGCCAAGGACAAUCCAGAGAACAAUAACAACACUUUGGACCACCCGUUAGAUCUGUAACGCACAAGCAACAAGCGAUGAACUGCAAGCACAUCCUUGAAGAACUGCUCUGAAUAUCAGCUGGGCUAGCAAUAAUAAAGACACAAACGCUCGCAUGCACUCACUCCUUCUCAUCUUAUUAUUUUUAUGGAAACAAACACAGAACAAC